AUGCGGUGCAAAGUGAAGGAAAGUAAUACCUCUUUAGACAAUAUGAGGAAACCAGCUCAACAAACAACUUAUCUUUAUUAUGUUAGAAAGAAACAAGCUACUACGGCCGCUUGCGAACUCUAUUCAUUAUCACAAGCGCGCCGUUCGCAUUCAGUCAUUGCCUUCCAUUUCUCAAGAACCGGCUGGCGAUUGAUACAGAGAAUGACUGUAAAUAGUGACCUAGUGCAUUAUAGAACAGUGUUGGUGUUG